UUACAUCCAUUGCCUUUUGACUUUGAGACGAAGAGAGGCACAGUUUUCCAUUUACCGAUCUGGUUUCAUUUUCGAAAAAACCUUCCCCACAGAUAACGAUCGUCCUGCCGGACGUGAGCAGCAUACCGAUCGAACUGGAAACCGCUCUGGCCGAUAGCGAUCACUACCUGGUGCGUAACGUGUCCCUCCAAACACUAGCCAAUCGGGCCUUUAUCGAAGGAUUUAUCAAGCAAGGAAAAUUCUACGCAGUAUCUUUCCGGACCCGGUUGGACACGGACGAUUGUGUGGCGGUAGUUCCGCCCGGAACGCUGGUUCUGCAUCUGAACAAGGAAACCUUCCAGUCGUUGGGCCUCGAGGGCCAGGUGUCGGAGUUUGCUCGGAAGCGAAACAGCAAAUACGCUUGAACGAUCAUGCCCAGACUGAAUCAACCGAUAAGGCUCGAGACGCUGGCUCUCAAAGGCACUACCGUCUGGCUAUGUCACAUUGCGGAGCUGUUGAUGCCGACCAUGCUCGUCUUGAGCAAGCAGGGCACCAACGAAGCGCAGAAAUGUCUGAAGUCCAUCGUGCUGGACUUGCGGGACGAGUACGAUCACUGUAUACCUGCCGACUUGUAUGACGACAUGGCGAAAGAGCUGAUUUGUCAGAUUACUCUCCUCAUUGAAAGAGUGAAGAAGGCGCUUGAUCUGAGGGCGUCCAUGUCCAAGUUCUUGUGUCAGAUGAACGUGGCAAUCGCCAUGUCGGAGGUUUUGCUUUCUCGAAAACUCCGGGUCAUGAAAAUCGACGAGUUGCCGAAGACAAUGCGUCACAUAUUUUACUCGAAGAUGAACGAAAUGAAGGGUUUGCGAUACCUCAGCUUGGGAUCCAUGAGUGGAGGCUGGAAAACUGACGACAUGGAGAAAACCAUUUUGAACGGUUUGGGGACGAUGAAAAACUUGACGGCUUUGACGUUGAACUAUGACUGUACGAACACUAUCCUUCGGUCGUUGAUCAAAAGCUGUCCCAAUCUGGAGUACAUAGACAUUUCGAACUCCAAAUACGUUACGAACGACAGCAUUGACAUCCUUACCAAGCUCAAGAAGUUGAAGGUAGUGCUCCUGAUGCGCACUCAAGUCACCAUCUCCGGAAUGAUUGAGCUUCUCGUCAAAGCGAAGAAUCUAACGGACAUCGGACGCUACGACGACCUUGGUCGCUGCUUGGAGUUCAUCGAGCAGAACUAUCCGCAGAUUCUCAGUUUGAAACUGCAAAGGUUCGAGACGCGCUUCGCAACGACGCGCCAUAUCCAACUUUUGUCGGAAAUGUGUCCGGACAUGCGUCACGUGUCCAUCUUUCACAACAUGCUUCUCAUGGACCUGAUGGCCUUGAUCGGUAUCAACAACCUCGAAGAACUGUACCUUUUGUCGUGCGACUUCUUCGCUGAUCAAGUCCGAGACGUCCUCCAGGUGAAGGGCUGUAAUCUAACUCAUCUGCACCUGGAACACGUCGAGCAGAUGGAUAUGAACGCCCUGAUCUACAUCAGUCAGUACUGUCCGGACCUGAAGACCCUCGCUUUGUACAACUGCGUCAUGAUCCCGUCCACAUCGGUCUUCCUUCGACAGUACGCGAUUCCCCCGUUCAUGAACCUGGAACGGCUCGGUUUCGUUUGCGAGUGUCCCUUCAAUCACCUAGAGUUCAUCCUUACGACGGCUCUGAAGCUUCGCUUCCUCCAGGUGGGAACGCAGGCCUACACGAGCGACGAGAUGUUCGAGCGCAUCUUCCUGCGUAAUCCGUUCCAGUAUCUGGAAGAUGUCCGGAUAAUACACUCUUCCGAGUUGACCAUCGAGACCGCCUACCGAUUCGUCGAGAACUGUCCGAAUCUGUUGCUGCUCAACGAAAUCGAGUGCUGGCAAAAGGUCCGGGAUUAUGAACUGGUACAGCUGCGGGAGAUGAUCAAGGAGAGGAACUAUGCCGUCCACACGGCACCUCUUAGGAACUACGGGAAUCAAGAGUGAUCCCCGAAAAACGAACGAAAGUUGUGCGAAUUAUGAUAAUUUAUUUACUCGUUAUUUACACCUAAGACGUUAUUUUUGCUUAAAUAAAGUAUAAAGCAUAAAU